GUCCUAGUGAUAUAUAAAGUAAGAAUUCAGGAGGAUUGCAACUCGCUGACACAGCAUUCAGUCAGACUGACCACCAAACCUCCAGACUUUCAACAUGGCAACAGUCCUCUUCUGCACAGGAGUGUCUAUGCUGAUGAUUCUACAUUCAGCAGCCACAGCAUUCGACCCAAACGUCUGCGUGGGCAAACCAAAACAGUUGAUCUAUGCUGAUCCCACAGAUCUAAGGGGUUUCUAUAGCUGUGAAGGGGGCCACGCCAUCCACCACAGCUGCCAACAAGGGGAGGUCUUCGAACCAAAGGUUGGAAACUGUGUUGUUCCUCUCCCUGCCCCCAGCCCUGGCUUCUGCACCUUGAAACCUGACGGCAUCUACAAAGACCCCACCAACAAAGCCGGCUUCUACAAGUGUGUGAGCGGAGCGCCGUUUUAUCGUAUCUGCCAGCGCCCCCUGCUGUUUAACUCCAGCACUGCAGCGUGCGAAUCCGAGGCCAGCCCACAGCUCCACACCAUAACCAUGCCACCUUUAAAACUCUGGAGAAUCAGCCGAGUCAGACGCUCGCUGACGACCACAGCAAGGAAGGAAACCAGAGCAGGCACAUACUGAGGGUGCUCACAAGCAGUAUUUGUAUUAAGAAAAUCGUCAGGUUAGCAGACACAAUCCCACUGCAAUCUGUAUAGGCUGAUAGGCGGCUAUGAGAAAUUGCAACCUGAAAUGUAAAAGCAGUUAUCAUAUUUAACAUCAAGGACGUGGCAGACAGAUACAAUACAGAUGGGCAUCAAGGGCCCGGUUUUGAAUGAGGACCCUAAAUACACUAUCAUAAGAAAAUCUGUUACACUUCAUUCUAUCAAUCCACUGUUAAGCAUGAAUUAGCACCAGUUACUAAUUACAGCGCUAAAUUAAAUGUAAUCAGUAGAUGAUUUAUGAACCCAAAGCACAUAUAAUUGCUAUAAUUACUAUAUUGUAGCCAGAUUAGUUUGCAAUUACAUGUUUAAUUACCUGAUGGAUAAGUAUAUACAGAAUCCUCUCAUAGCUAUUAUACAACAGUAUUAAAUUGCUGUAACAGAUUUGCAAAUUGCUGUUAUGUGUUUGCUGUUUUUGCUUAUACUGUGCUAUGCAUUUACUGUGCUUUACCAUUGUUAAGCAUGUUUUUAAAAUGAUUUACCACACCUGUCUGUGAUUUACCAUGCAAUAACUAUGCUUCUAUUAUGCUUUCCAAUGGUUAGGAUUGUUGUGGGGAGUGGAAUGACUGUAUCUGUAGAUUCCGUACAGGCCUUUACAGGUCAUUAUAUGAUUGUAGUGGAUUCCUUUUGAAAAGGAAUCCCAAUUAACAAUGAAUAAUGUUAAAAUCACCAUAAUCACACCCUUUCCUUCUAAUAAUAAUAAUGCACUCGUCUGUGCGAGACUGCCUGCUUCAAUGUGAUUCUGAGCUCCUGCGCAAUGGACAACAUAGGCUUAUAUUAUUACAUUUUGGUAGCUUCAGUUACUCGAGAUGUGUAUUAUUUCUGUUGUUACAGACAGAGCCGUCACAAGGCUCUGCGAAUCCCGCCCCUAUACACAAGAAAACGAAUCAUCACUGUCUGUGAUCUGUGCAGGCAACAGAAUCCGCUUUAGUGCAUGCAGCGGUGAAUUUAACAACGCACCCCAUCUCUCUCUCGUGCGUGCACUAGAUUCUGGGUAAUGUAGUUGAUCCCUGCUCUGCUCCUGCUUAUCUCACGAGCGUCCGUCAGCUACAAAACCUGACGCUUCAAUUUUAAACGGGAAAAUAGAAGCCAAACCACCAUCUCGAAAGAAGUAUUUUUUUGAUAAAUUGAGUGCUUCGCUUGCGUUUUAAUUUAUGACUGGAAGUCAGUGACAUCCGAUUCUCGACCGUCCAAAAGUUAAAAGACACAAAUACGAAUUAAAUGUUUCAGCGGGAUGACAGAAAAUUAACUUAAUGCAUCCCAAGCAGAGGUGAGUUACCAAAUUUCCAGAAAUUACACACACACACACACUAUAUA